GGCGGAGCGCGACAAGGAUGCAGUCCGUGAGAUGCAUGAAGCCGCCAGAGGAUUCGGUGAUAUUUCGGAUGACGACCCCUCCGUCCAAAAUGUUAGGGUCAACGUUCGGAGCCAAAUCGCGAGGGGUCUUCGCGGGGACACAGACGACGUCAUAAAGAAGGUGCGGGAGAGGGGGGACGACCUCUUCAACAGGCGUAAAAGCUGGCUCGGCCCGCUUUGGGAAAAGGUCAAAGGUCUUGCUCCUACCGCGCGCUUGAUUUCCGAGGCUUGGAAUGGCCACGUGGACGGCGUCGCCGCGUUAAAACACCGUAAGGCUGAUACUAUGGCGGCGGCAGCGUUCACCUUGGCCCGCUUUGCUGGCUGGGAGGGUAGACUCACAGCCUGGAUUAAUCAGCCGGAAGUGUUGGAGCAAGGGUUCAAAAUGUAUCCAGAAGAGAAGGCAUUGCACUACCUAUCCUGCAUCAUCAACCACGUGGAGGAGGUGGGAGUUGUACAAGGUGUACAUGAAAGAGCGGAAGAAUUCCGUGGCCGUGGAGCUCUCGUACCCAGUGAAAGAUAUCAGAUCUCAAGACCGCGGGGGCAAGUCCUGUACUACAUCGCCGGGUGGGCCGCCAGCAAGGCUUUGACGCAUCAAGCAAGACACAAUCUUUCCCAGGAUUGGGUGCGUGUCGUCCAACACAACACUCGCCGGUCCAGUCGGGAGGCGAUAUUUACUAAUGUCAUGCUGAGAGAUUUCGUAGCGGGAGUCGAUCAGAAGAACGACCUGAAGAACGGUCCAGGACUUCUUUACCCGACGAUGGAUUGGGUAGAGUUUGUGUAUGCCGUGGAGAGGGGCAUCUUCCAUUUUCUGAAAAACCCUAUCUUCCUUGCUGCUUGCCUUGGGGGCUUGCCAGCCGAGAUUUUCAAAGUUGUAAGCGAGGCGGAGGUCGUUAAGGAAAUGUGGGGAAACUGCUGUCCACCUGGUCCUCCCGCCAUCGACCCUAGUGUAUCCCAGGAGAUGUUUCUUUUCGAAGUCGGGAAGAUUCUUGACGUGCGAAUGGGUGACUACGCGAAGAGUGUAACGGAGAAUACUUUCCUCAAGUUCACGAAGGCCGCGCUUGGUUUACGGCAACAGCUAAACGCACAGGUCAACACAAAGGGACGGGCGGGUGGAGGGGCCGGUAGUGGCGGAGCAGAGGGAGGUGCACAGGGGGACGGGGCCGCUGGAGGGGGUAAGGGGGACCUUGCAAAGCGCCGAAAGGGGGGGCGCGCGCCAAGGCAAGCCCCGCCCACCCUCGACCAGUUGAAGGGGAUGUCCAGGGCAGAGAUUAGGGACAGAUGCACUACAAAACAACUUGUCGUGCUCACGAAAGCCGCAGAGAUUCCGAAGGGCACUGUAAACUCAAGAAAAGCGGAUCUCCUCGAUUAUCUGGAGACGUUUGUGUGUGGGUUCAGGCAGGAACCGGUUGGAGGGGCAGGCCCCAACGUGACGGGGACUGGGCUAGCCGGAGGAGGAUGCCGGGGGCGUGGUUGUGAGAACGCGGGUGAGGGCAACACCUUGACAGGUAGUGGGGAGAUGGCCUCUGCCGGUGGUGAUUUCACGACGGAAGAAGUUCCGACGCAGGACGGAAUGGACCACGACGAUUUCCUUUCCCGACCGAUUGCAAUGGAUUUCUCACGGUCGGUUUUAGAGGGGGCGGGUGUGUCUAGCGGGAGUGGUUCUUGAUCAAGUUUCCAAGACAGAAGGUGAAGGUUGGGCUUGGGUGGCGCCGGCUUUCGUUUUCUCAUACUGUACUUUAAUUUUCAGGGAUAAUCACUGCCAUCUGACUUGUGUGCGUGUCGAACUUGGCGUUCCUCACGGUUUCCCGCUUCUCACCACAAGGCCCGUCGGUGCGUUACACACCUCAGCCGCUCAGGACCGUGCUCGCAAUAUUUGUCUUCUGUGCUUGCUAAGGGCUACAGCUACAUAGUAGUCGUCU